AUGCAGGAAGAGAUUUUGUAUGUGAAGAAACUUAGCGAAAAUGCCACAAUUCCUGUACGGGGAUCGGUUCAUGCAGCUGGAUAUGAUUUGUUUAGUGCUGCCGAUGUGACAGUAAAAGCACGUGGAAAGGCUCUGAUUCCGACGGAUCUGUCUGUGGCUAUUCCUCCGAAUUGUUAUGGUCGUGUUGGUAUGAAGUGCUCUUCCCUAUUCUAUUUUGUAGCUCCGCGUUCAGGCCUAGCCCUUAAGAAGUUCAUUGACGUGGGUGCAGGCGUUGUGGACUGUGACUACCGUGGUCCUCUGGGAAUCGUACUGUUCAAUUUUGGAGACGAGGAUUUCGAAGUGAAGAAGGGAGAUCGUGUAGCUCAGCUUGUGUUGGAGCGAAUCUGUAUGGCUCCCAUUGUGGAAGUGGAGAGUCUGGAUGAAACGAGCAGGGGUAGUGGUGGUUUUGGGUCAACGGGGGUAAAGAAAGUUCGUACUGAUUGUUGUUUUUGUUCAAAUCAAACUGUGUUUUUGAUAGCAAUAAAAAUGGGCAACAGCUUGGAUGGGAUUGGAUUGGAUCAACGAGUGAUUUGUGAGUUGUAUGGAUGUUGA